AUGAAAAUAUUUGCAGAUUACAGCAAAUGGAAGCGAAGUACACGGUCUAACCCUCUGCUCUGGGCAACUUCUCAUCAUAAAGCCGUCAUAUCAUCUAACAAAGGAGAAACCAGACCAUCUCCGACUGGAAAAUCAGGAACAUCUCACUCUCAUGUCCACAAUGAUUUCACAACACUCCCCAAACUCCCUACAAGAAGGACAACUGAAACAGUGGAACAGGACCAGAUCACCACAAAGACUAAAUACAGUAUCAAAGAACUGAUUUUACUCAUCAAAUCCAGGAAAGAAGCAAUAAAAGACCUGGAGGAGCUCUGUGAACAGCUUCAAGAGAGGAACCUGCAGACGGCCAGAAGCAUUAUGGAUACAGACAGAAGCUCAUUUGCCAGAGCCAACAAACUGCUUAUCCAGACAGCGCAAAAGAUGAGAUCAGCAGUAGCUUUGAAACAGUGGAAUGACAGUCUUAUUAAAAGUGACAAAGCAGAGCUGAGAGAUAUAAAGGAGGCAUUACAGACACAUAUGAGUGGUUUGCAGAAGCAGUUGGAUCUGCUGAAAGCGAAGGUGGUAGAGGCUCAGAAAGAGCUUCGCAGCCUGAAGACAUACAAAGAUAUGGAGUUCCCAGUAAAGGCCUUGCAGAGCGCAGAUAUGGAAAGAAAGCUGGACAGACUGAAAGACAUGCAUCAGAAAGAGCGAGAAGAUUUGAACCUGUUGUUUAAGAAAGAAAUGGUCAAUUUGGAGAGACGCCAACACCAAAGAGAACAGGAAGUGCUGUCUGCUGUAGUUGAGAAACAUGCUUCCCACAUCCCUCCCAUUGUCAAACUGACGGCCUCACAGAAUGACACAAUAAGAGAAGAGAUUCAUCAGCGGAGAAAGGUGGUAAUGGAGAUGGAGAGAAAGAAUGAAGAGCUAAGGAAGAGUAUUCAGGAACUGCAACUGUCAAGACCAAAAAACAUCAGGAGAGAGAUCUUUCCAGAUGUUUUCAUGAAAUCAGACAAGUGUACUCCAGAUAUGGAUGUCCAUCUCAAUAUACCCCAAGUGGAUUUACUCCCCAUGUAGCCUUGUCCUGAAGGCAUUACCUUUUUGAGUCUUCCCUUGAGCUGCUAUAUAUUACAGAUGAAAAUCAAUGAAGCCACUUCAUUAAAUAAUCUUACUCAGUCAAACAGUAGUACAGAUAAUUUUUAUUUAUUUGUCUUUGCAUUCAGUUUGUUUUAUGGGCUGUAUCCUC